UGAAACAUGUGCAUAGGGUGCUGCUGUCAAUUUGACAGUUUCAAUGUCAGUUGUGUUUUUGUUGUUUUCGUGCGGAUGCGCGCGCGUUGUAAUCGUACUCGCAAGGGCUGUCGGCCCUUGUUUUGCGCGGUGGAAGGGUGCUGUUUGCGUAGUACGUAGUAGAAGUAGUGUGUGUGUGUAGUAAAGGUAAAAGAAGAAGAAAGCGGCGCAGAUUGUGUUGAUGAUGAUGGUGAUGGUGAUGCUGCACGCUACCGCGGGGCCGUUAGUAUUGAUCAGACAUGGUUCUGGCCGACCGGCAGUGACAUCAUCGGGGGGUGGUUGCUAGGUGACUUUGGCGCCGGCGCUCCGACUAGGCGCGAUCGACCCCCGGCGCUUCCACCCUCGCAGUCCGGGCCCUAAGACCGAGCCGUUAACAUGAUCUAAAACUCCAGCAAAAGGGAAAAGCCCUGCUGCAAGCAACACACGAACACACACAUACACGUACAUAUAAACAUACACAAACACACACACGAAUAGAUAGAAAGAGAGAGACAGUCACGCACGCACUCGCAUGCAAUAUAAUUGAUAUAUCGUAAUCGUCAGUGGGCAUUGGAUUGUGUGUGUGUGUGUGUGUUAGUUCGUUUGUUUAGUUUUUGUUUUUUGCCGUGGGCGUGCGGUGGUGCAGACCGAGGAGGCGGCGGCGGCGAAGAAAGAAGCAGGAGAGUGAAGAAGUAGGAGGAGGAGGAAGAGAAGGAGGAGGGAGAGAAGAAGCAGAAAGACUACGAAGAAGACGGAGAAGAAGAGGAGGAGGAGGAAGAAGAAGAGGUGGGUGCCAUGGGAACGGUGCUGAGUUUUUCGCCGCGGGAGCGGCGACCCGUCUACACGACGACGGGGUCGAACGCGGGCAGCGCCGACUUCACGUUGAACAACUUCUCCUACGAGCAGCUGAACAACGUGAAGAAUCGCGAGAACAAACCAUCGCUGAAUGUCGCUAACGCGAACAUGAACAACUCCAGCAGUAAUCAGAACCUGCAGAACAACAUCAACAACGACAACGCGCGUAUCAUCAGCGAGAAGAACGCCCUCGAGAAGAACCUGAAGAAGCACUCGCUGUUCAUUAACGCCCUCUCGUGGAAACGGUUCUCCACUACGAACAACAACAAGAAGAAACUGGACAACAAGAACAAGAAUGUGACGGUGUACAGACAGCCGCUGGUGGACAACGUGAAUCCGGUGGUGGUCGUCGACAAGAACAAGAACAUCUCGGCGAAGGGCUCGUCUCUGUACUACUCUUCGAAUUCGAAGAGCGCCUCCGGGACCGUCGUCGGUCUCGACAUCGUUCGUGUCAACAAUGCCAACAACAAUGCGGCCAACCAUCAGACCCUGGACAAGUUGAGCAACAAGCAGCCGUUGCUCGCGUCGUCCGCCGCCACCACCAACAACAACAUCACCACCAGCAGCAGCAACAACAACACGGCCAACUGUCAGUCCCUGCAUCAGCAUCAUCACCACCACCAUCAUCAUCAUCAUCAUUCUCAGCAGCAGCAGCAACAGCAGCAACAACAUCAUCAUCAUCACCAUCAGAACCAGAACCAGCAGCAGCCAGGUGCCACGAAGAAGACCGUCAUCCAGGCUUCGACCUCUGAGCUGCUCAAAUGUCUGGGCAUGUAUCUGCACGCUCGCUGCUACAAGCUGCGCGACUUCCAGGCAGGGGACGCCGUCAUGUGGUUACGCACCGUCGACCGCAGUCUCCUCAUCCAAGGAUGGCAGGAUGUGGCGUUUAUCAAUCCGGCGAACGUCGUCUUCGUGUACAUGCUGGUGCGAGAGCUCGUCGACGAGGACAUCCGCAGCGAGCAGGAGCUGCAAGCGAUCGUCCUCACCUGCCUCUACCUCUCCUACUCUUACAUGGGCAACGAGAUCUCCUAUCCGCUGAAGCCGUUCCUGGUUGAGGACUCCAAGGAUCGGUUCUGGGACCGAUGCCUGGACAUCGUGAACAGACUGAGCUCGAACAUGCUGCGCAUCAACGCCGAACCCGGCUACUUCACCGAGAUCUUCACCGAGCUCAAGGGUUGCGGCGUCGCCAGCAUCCUCGCCUCCUGCAGCAUGCCGUCACCGGCGCCGGCGCCUCCGCCGCCGCCAUCGUUCGUCACCGUCGUCAAGCUCAGUCUCACCGACACGCCGACCAUCCCCUGCGAAGUGUAA